UCCCAGGUGCCGUACCACGGCGCGCUCCACGGCGCGGACGUGCUCCAGUCCGCGCACGCGCUCCUGAUCCAGAACGAGGCCUUCGACGGGUCCCUCAACGAGGACACGAUUCUGGUCGUGCUCGUCGCGGCGCUGGCCCACGACGUGGGCCACCCGGGGCUCACGAACGCGUUCUUGGUGGAGACGCAGCACGAGCUCGCGGUGCGCUACAACGACCACAGCCCCCUCGAGAACAUGCACAGCCGCGUGGCCCUGGACCUGGCGCGGCCCUGGCUCGCGACGCUCGACGCGGACGCGCGGAAGCGCGCGCGGUCCACGUGGAUCGAGCUCGUGCUCGCGACGGACAUGAAGGAGCACGCGGCGGCCAUCUUCCAGGUCGAGCACGCGCUGUCCAAGGACCCGGCCUACGACGCGCGCGCGGUCGCGAACCACACGACGUGCCUCAAGCUGCUCAUCCACGCCGCGGACCUGUCGAACCCGACGAAGGCCUGGGCGACGUACGACCGGUGGACGGCGAAGAUCAUGGAGGAGUUCUACGCGCAGGCGGACCGCGAGGCGGAGCUGGACCUCCCGCGCACCGUGCCCCCGCGGGGCCAGUGCGAGAUGGACAAGUUCCAGCUCGGCUUCAUCGGCUUCAUCCGCCCGCUCUUCGUCGCCGCGUCGAAGAUCCGCCACCUCGACAUGCGGCCGCAGGUCGAGGGCCUCGACGCCGUCGCCCGGGUCUGGCAGGACAAGGCCAAGGCCGCGGACGAGCCGCAACCGGCGGACGAGGCGCGCCCGCCGCCGGAGCCAACCUGCGACCCGCCCGGAUACCGCCGCGAGGGCGCGCCGCCCGCCGGCAAGCCGGAGCCCGCCGCGCCGCCGCCCGCGCCCGAGCCCGAGCCCGGCGCCGUGGUCCGCGAACGAGACGACUGA